CACCACCGGGCCGUUCCGGUUUGGUUCUUGGGUGUCGGGGCUAGUUGAGGUGAAAGUGCGGGCCAUCUGACUGUCGGAAUACUGGUUUUUAAUUUACAACACGGCUGAGGGGAGUGAAAUUCCUUGACUGACUUCGCGUGGUGCCGUUGCACAGCGUGUCUCGCGCGGAUUUUCUGUCACUUUGCAUUGAAAAGGUAUGAUUGGUGCCUUAUAUCUCAGUGUUUACAAUACCUUCCAGCUUACUGGGUGGGCUUACUUAUUUUUCCUGACAUGGUCCCACAUACUAGAAGAACGCUCUCUUGAAGGACUGUGGGAGAGGACUGAAUUGCCCCUUAAGCUGUUUCAGACUGCAAUGAUGAUAGAGGUGUGCCACUGCCUGGUGGGCCUGGUCCGCUCCAGCCCCGUGACCACGGCCAUGCAGAUCGUCUCGCGCGUGUUCAUCGUCUGGCUGAUGCUGGACCAGGUGCCGGACACGCGCACCGGGCCAGGUAUCCUGUUCUGCCUGGCCGCCUGGCCCCUGGCCGAAAUGGUUCGCUACCUGUACUACCUGGCCAACGCUGUCGGCUGGGUGCCGUACGUGCUGACGUGGGCGAGGUACAGCUUCUUCCUGGUGCUGUACCCGGUCGGCGUCCUGGGCGAGACCCUGAGCUGUUACUACGCGCUGCCCUACUGCCGGGAGAAGCGGCCACUGGACGUGACGCUGCCCAACGUGGUGAACUUCACCUUCAACACGUACUAUGUGCUAAUCGGCAUAAUGCUGCUUUAUGUUCCAGGCCUGCCCGUCAUGUACCGCUACAUGCUCAGCCAGCGGCGCAAGGUGCUCGGCGCCGCCGCCAAGGCCAAGAGCGAGUAGAGGGCGUGGCCGGCGCCGGCCGGGCUCGGAGAGGCGCCGCCUUCAGCCAGCGGACGCGGAGCUUACUGACGCGUGGUUGUGGGCCGUGCCGCGUGGUGUCUGGUGCUGUAGCGGAAUGGUAGGCGGCACGGGGGUGUUCGGGCGGUACGCUGUUGUUUGCGGGAGGCGCUAGCGAAAUAUACAUAUCAUCGAUGGUUGGUAGAUAGUUGACGCGU